AACAAGAUAAAAAUCAUAAAUUAUGCCCCAAAUCAACUAUGAAACAGAUAAUUACGCUUAAUAUGUAUCUAUCAAAAUAUAGUAAUUAUUACUAAAAACACAAGUAAAGUCAUAAUUUUCCAAAUGAUUAAAUAUAAUGAAUGAGUAAAUGGAAGAGUUAUGCUUGUCGCCUAUAACAAACAACGAUAUUAAAGACAAAGCAAUUAUUUAACCUUGAAAAUGGAGAGUGUAAUUGUUCAAAAUCUCUAACUGAUGCAUGGUUAAAUAAUAUUACUUUAAAUAUUUACAUCUCAAAAUCAGAGUUACUGUAAAUACUUGAAGUAAUAUAUGUAGCCUGGCCAGUAGCCUUGUCUUUAGGUUAAUGUGUUUGACAGCCAUGUUUAUUUAGAACAUUGUCGUGAGCACUAUGAGGCAUAUGGGAAUUUUUCUUGAAUGUACAGUGUAUGCAGUUUAUGGAUGUCAUUUACCUACUGCUGUAAAUUGAAUUUAGCUUUCUAGUUAUUGCAGGUUUGUUUUUAUUGAGUUACUUGAUUGAUGACUUGGUAGAUGAUAUAUGUGAGAGUGAAGGAAAGUCUCGAAAGCUUCUAUGAUGAUGAUUCUGUUCAUUGGUCUACUAUCUAAAUAUACACCAGGCCCAAAGGGUCUACCGUAAAACUAGCCUACACUGUGUCUAUUGUCUAGGCCUAUUGUUCACAAGGUAUUGUUAGAUUGUAAACAGAGUUCUCAAAUCUAUUUUACCAUGUCUCAAAAUUUCAACAGUAAAUGGAAAAUUUCCAUGGACUAUUGUAUGGUUUCUAGGGUAUAAAAUAUAUUUGUCAUUAAAUACAACUUCCCAAAUUAUUGUUUUCAAGAUCACUCUGUUUUAUUAUACCACCAAUUCAUUACAAAUCACAUUAUAGUGAAUUUGCAAAUGUAUGCUUUGUCAACUGGGCAAGAACUAUAAAAAUGCAAAUGGCAAGCAAAGUAUUAUGGGAAGAAAAAUUCUAUCAAACAUAUGUUGCAUUAUAGUAAUUUCAAUAACCUUUCACUUGUUUACUUUAAAGUUCAUAUCAUAUACAUCAUCCUUAGUGUUGGUAGUAGCUAGAGUUGGUAUCAGCGAUAAGAUACAAAAAUUAAUAUAUUCUAGGUCUCUUUACUUUGACCUUUGUACCUUGACACAAUUCACUCAAAAUUUCAUUUCAGAAAACUCCCACAUUCAACUGAUCACACUGCAGUAUCAACAGAUAUUCAUUACUCUGAACUGUUUGAAAUUGAAUCAAGAUGUCACAGGCUGUAUCCAAAGCUUUGCAGUUUAUGGAUAAAAAAGAUCUUGAAUGUUCCAUCUGUCUCAGUCGGUUUCACCAACCAAAGACACUGAAAUGCAUGCACACCUAUUGCCUACAAUGUAUCCAGAAAUGGGUGGAAACUCAUGGAAAGAUGAAAUGCCCAACAUGUGGACAAGAACAUAACCUGACAAGGUAUGAUUUAAAAGAGCUUACUUCAAAUACAAUGAUAAUUCAACUACUAGAGUAUGUCAGAAAAACUGAGGAUCAAAAACCAAGUAAAUGUACUUGCUGCGACAUUAAUCAACCAGAAUACCACUGCCAGACAUGUCAACUGUAUCUAUGUGGAGCUCCAUGUAUCAAACAACACAAGAGAGUACCUUCCACUAAGGAUCAUCCACUUUACACACUAGACAAGAAGGAACAAGAGGGAAGUUCUGAUGAACAAAACAAAUGCAAAGUUCAUUGCAAAAACUCUCUCGAAUUUUACUGCUCUACUUGCAACAAAUCAGCAUGUAAGCAAUGUGAACACAUCCUUUACUGUCAUAAAAAACAACAUAAAAUGAUUCCAAUGUCAACUGCUGUCAUUGAGUUUAAUAGUGAUGCCAAUGAAGUUGUCAAGGUAGCACAUGAAAUUAAAAAUAAAUUAACAAAAAAACUAGAAUUUAUUACAAGGAACAAAUCAGAAAUUGAUUCACAAAUAAACUUAUGCAGAACAGCCAUUGGAAUCCAGGAACAGAAGCUUAUGGAAAAAGUUGCCGAAAAAAGCAAAGAAUUAAUGUCAGAUGUAGAAGAGAUAUACAAAGAAGAAAAAGAAGACAUCGAUAGUAUACUUCAAGAUAUUGAUUCAAAGAUGACUCAAGUCAAUAAUCUGUUGGCCUCAAUAAAUACAAUUAUGAACAAACCAGAAGAAAAAGAAGUUCUUGAAUCCCAACAAAAAAAUCUCAAGGCUGUCAGAGACACGGUCCAUAGAACUGAUUUUUAUCGACCAGUUCAAAAGAGUAAAAAAAAGCGUAUUACACCAAGAUUCAUUCCAUCUACACGCUUGGAUGAGCUCAUAAAUACAGAGGGAAUCGGUAAAAUCAUUACUGCUGAUAACGCAUACAAAGUUGAUAAUGAUGAUGAAGCGGGCAUCAGUAAUAUUACUGUAGGUAGCACAUACAAGGUAGCUAAAGAUGAUCAAGUUAUUACUGUGACUAAAGGACAACCAUUUGUAGUGAAAGUAACAAGUAAAGCAGUGAGUGAUACAAGUCGAUUAGGUGCCACUCUAAGGAAAGCAUCAGGUGAAGAAUUAGCCACUGAGAUAAAAUAUCAAGGAAAUGGAGAGUACAAAAUAACAGGUAGAUGCAAUGUAGAAGGUGACUGGCAAAUGAAAAUUACUUUUGGAGUUACACAGAUCAAUGGAUCUCCAGUGAAUAUCAAGGUAGAAUCGCUGGGACUUGUUCAUACCAUUGGUAACAUACCAAAAUAUAAAGAACAUAGCAAGAAAGCUAAAGUGUCAGGUGUAAUACUAGAUACAGAUGGAUGCAUAUUAGUAUCAAGCUACAGUAAAGACAUAUUAAAGUUCAACCAAUCUGGUGUAUAUGUUGCUAAGAGACAAGUGCGACAGAAUGUGCAUGUAAAUGAAAUGCAUCAAAUUGGUGACGGGCACAUGGUGUACAGUGAUGACUUAGGACAUUGUGUUGUAAUGUGUGAUGAUAAAUUUCAAGAAAUCCGCUCAUUUGGUAAAGGAAUAUUGGAAUGUCCAAAUGGCUUAACAGUAAACAGGGAAACUAGCAUCUUGUAUGUAGUUGAUCGCGGAGCACACUGUGUGUUUAAAUUUAAUGUUGAUGAUGGUAGACUGCUGGGUAAGUUUGGUUCAGAAGGUAGUAAAUUUGGUCAAAUGAAUGAUCCAAGUGAUGUCACUUUAACUAAGGAAGGUUAUGUGAUUGUUGCUGACUGUGAUAAUAACAGAAUACAAAUGUUUAAUGAAAAAGAGAAGUUCAAAGAAAUCCUUAUAGGUUGUGGUAAGAAAGAUGGCAAAGUUUGGGGUCCUUGUGGGGUAACCAUUGAUAUGGACGAAAAUAUAAUAAUAUCAAGUAACCAUAAAUUACAAUUAUUUGAUAAAAAUGGAGUCUUCAUAAAAAGAAUAGAUCAUGAAGAUGAUGGAUUAGAUAUCCCAUGUGGAAUCACUGUAAUCUCAAAUAGACCAAGAAGAGUAGCAGUAGCAAACCAUGAAGCAAACAACAUUAAAAUAUUCAACUACUAAAAUUGUAGCACAAGAAAGCUCAACUUUAACCCAUAUUUUUAAUAGUUCCUUAGUUUAGUUUGUUAUGUGUUCCUAAAAAGUGGAAACAAGCAACAAUAUUACCAUCACCUAAAAGCAAAUACUGCUCUUACACUGGACAAGCUCAGACCAAUUUCCCUAUACACCCGUUUUUUAGAGCAUUUUGUUAACUCAUAGACUUUGGAUAAUCGUGGUCAAUAUUAAAACAAUAAUUUUUGGGAAUAAGAAAAAAAUUUAGACUACCCACUCUUGUUCACUAAUUACAGUUUAACGUGGAUCAACCAAGAAAGAAAGCUAGAAUUGUUUGUAUCCGAUUAUAGUUUGCUUUCAAUUUAACCUACCACACUAACGCUCUAAAAAAAGUAUAGAAGUUAGUGUUCCAAGGGAGAUAAUACCAUGGCUUCCUCUCCAAUAAAUUGUACAGAAUUACCGUACUCGCGCGAAUAAGCGCCCGCUUUUAGUUGUGGUGUUCUCAACACCGGAAGAACCCCACAGAAAGUAAGUCUUUUCAGUGGGUUAUCCUGGGUGUUUAAGCAAAUAAAUCCAUCCAACUAUCUUCCAGAUAAUGAUUAAUGACUCUGCAUCUAGUACAAACAGAUUUGUCAAUCACUUGACCAUAACAAAAUGAUAAUCUGCACAAAAUCAUGUAGAUAAAAUUUUGAAGUACUGUAAAUCAGUUUUUACUGCAAAGUCAGAAUUUUUUAAAACCAGAAUGAAAUUAAAUGUAUUAAAAUAUAAUUGCUGUGCUUAGAAAAUAAUAAAGCAAUUUAAUAGUUGCAUGUCAUACACUACUUGAAUUUAUGUUAGAUCGAAUGCAUUCAUCAGGCCUGGAAAAAAUAUUUUUGUGUCUCCAACCAUGAAUAUUAUCUUGAUUAAACACCUCCAGCACCAAAUGUUAUCUUUAGACUAUUAUAGCUUUAAAACAGUAGUACAUUUAGUGGUUUGAGCAAGCAUACCAAAUUUAUUUACCUGUAUGCAUUAAAAAAACAAAAACAAAAACAAAACAAAAACAAUAUUCUCUUUUUUCCCUAAAAUGCCUCUGGAUUUGUGGUUAAUGCUCCCGACGGCCGGUCGCACACUUUUCCCGCCCUGGUAUUAAUCUAACCUAUGGAGAUAUUGAUUAUGAUGUUGAUGAUAUCCAAUAAGAAAAGUAAAAAAAAGUUAAAUAUUCGAAGUAAUGGAAUGUUAAGGCAGAGUCGGGCAGAAGGACGGAAAUGAGACAUAUUAAACGUUUACGUUGUUCGACGAGUCGUCUAACCAACAAAAGGCGUUUUUAUGAUGUCAGAAGAUAGUCUCAUACAGUAAUAUAAUAUAGUAUGUAAAUUAGGGAGCAAAACUGAAGCUUGAGUUCUUUAAAAUUGAAAUUAAAAUUAAAUGUCAAUACUAACUCCCUGAUAUUACCUAUAGGCCUAUGUAUUAUUCCUAUUAUUUGCGACAAACUUAAACAUGUCAUGUUUUUUUUUUUCUUAUCUGACCUGACAAUAUUGUGUACACUGAUUUAUUUAAAGAAUAUAAUUAUAACAUCAAAAUGGUUAAAGUAACAUGAUUAUUAAAACUAAUGUGAUUCAAAUACCAACAUACAGUAUUGUAGAUACACGUCUCAUUAAGCCUAUACAUGUUGACGUGCAGAAUUCCUGCGUUGAAAAGGGCUUGCCUUGCACAUAAUUAUGAUCUACUAAGAUACUUGGAUUGGGACUCACUGCUUCAAAGAGUUGUAUAGAAACUUAUCAUCAGAGAAAUGUUGCGAUACUAGACUGAUAAACAAUAACACGCUGGUUGUGCUAAGAUUCUUUUAUUAAGUGGCUUAUAUUGUGGUUCAUUAUUGGAAGUUGACAAUAAAUUUGGAUUGGGAUAGUUUUUGGUAUUUAAUUAUUUUUGGCUCCCUGUGACUUAAAAUGAUGGUGAUGAUAAUAUUGAUGAUGGUCAUGAGAAUUGUUAAAAAUGAUGAUGAUAAUGAUGAUGAUGGUCAUAAGAUUUGCAAAAAAAUGAUGAUGAUGAUGAUGAUGAUGAUGACAGCUUUGUUUCAUAGUAAGUGAUUAUCAACUUUUGUUCACUAUCAGUCCCAUAACAGUGUGCAUUUUAUUGUACCUAUUAACACAAGGUUAAACAGAAAAAUAAGAGCAAUAAAAUGGUAAAAGAAUAAUUUAAAUCAUUUCAAUGUUUCGUAAUAAAGUUACAAGAGUUUAAACAUACAGCUGUUUAAACAACAAUACUUGAGAAAUCAGCCUUCAAAGUUUACGAUUUCAGGCAUUUCUUAGGUAUAAACCAUCACCAAAUUUUGGUUCUAACAUUGAAAAUGAGGAAAAUAACAGCAUAGCAUGAUGUAGAUACAUAAAGGUUACAGGUUAAAGGUUUUAGUGCACUAAAAAAGAUUUCCAAAAUUUUGACAUUCCAGCAAGUUUUGGCCAUUCUCCAAAACAGGAUUUGAGACAAGUGACUGGUUUGGCUUCGUUUUGCCACAUUUAUUGACUCUACACAGACACCAAUUACUGUACAUCAGUGACACUCUAGAGAUGGUGUCAAUCUUGACAAAUAACUGAUAUGAAAACUAACAACUUAAUUAGAAAAAUACAUUAUGAAGCACCUGAAGACUGCUUAUAUCAUGGAGGUGUAAAUACAUUACAUACUGAAUCGUACCCACAUACAUACAUAGGCAGUGUGUACACAUGCCUAUUUUAUACAUCACAUACAUACAUAUAGCAUAAGAUGGUAAUGUUUUGGGUCAUCAGAGUUUAAUAAUUGAUUAUGGAUGAAAAUAUUAUAGUAUCAAGUAAUCAUCAGCUACAAUUAUUUGAUAAAAUUGGUGUUUUCAUGCAAUAGACCAAGAAGAGUUAGCAGUAGCAAACCACAUACAAACAUAACUCUGAUUUUUAGCCGGUGACAGGGACGUAAAUUUUGUUCUCAAACUUAUGUGAUCCCCAUCCACACAAUCUUAUUUACUUAUUUUCUCCCUUUUUUAAUCCGUUUUAUAUUACUUAUAAAU